AUGGAUGGAGUCUUUGUUAAAGAGCUGUAUAGCAGUAAGGUCCCCCUCAAUGCCUUUGUCCCCUGUGUUCUACCCCUCCCUCUAGAAGUCAGUGUGUUCUACCCCUCCCUCUAGAAGUCAGCGUGUUCUACCCCUCCCUCUAGAAGUCAGUGUGUUCUACCCCUCCUUCUAGAAGUCAGUGUGUUCUACCCCUCCCUCUAGAAGUCAGUGUGUUCUACCCCUCCCUCUAGAAGUCAGUGUGUUCUACCCCUCCCUCUAGAAAUCAGUGUGUUCUACCCCUCCAUAUAGAAGUCGGUGUGUUCUACCCCUCCCUCUAGAAGUCAGCGUGUUCUACCCCUCCCUCUAGAAGUCAGCGUGUUCUACCCCUCCCUCUAGAAGUCAGUGUGUUCUACCCCUCCUUCUAGAAGUCAGUGUGUUCUACCCCUCCCUCUAGAAGUCAUUGUGUUCUCAAGAACAUGUUUUAGAACAGUAAUCUCAGUACGAAAUAUGCUAACAUUAUUGCCAUUGCUAGCAAGAUAGCUAGCUAAAACGGUUGCCUAUCUUAAGAAGUUUGUAAGAAGAUAUUUGAGAAGUUUGUAAGAAAAUCAUGAAAUCUUAAUAUAUUGUUGAGGAAUUGCACUUACUAACCAUCUUAUGAACUUGUUAUUUUUUUUCUUCUUAGGUUUUUGCGUGGGAAGUGUUUUGUGAAUGUGGGCCCAGGUCACCAGCUAGUCUUUAGUUUUUCUAUACCAGAAAGUCAAGCACUGAUACGCUAAAGCCACCUGUCAUUGUGAUGUUGGUUGCAGUAUUCUGGUCUCCCAUUCUAAACCAAAUCAAAGUUUGUAGUUCAUAUGCACAGUACAAAACAUAAAUACUAGCGCAAUGGGGCAAUAGUAUGUAAAACAUGUUUUAAUAAUAUGAGAACAUAUCUUUGGUUCUGUCUUUCAGGUGAAAAAUGACUACAUGGUGGAGAUAGCGGAUCAGGUUGAGCAAGACAUUGCACUUAAGUUGGGAUGCCUUGAAAUCAGGUCAGUUCACAGUUAUCCAAGAUUGGUCAAAUGUUCUGUUCUCUCAUGAAUGGUAGAUAGCUUCCAUGUUGUUGCAGUUCUCAUUGACCCCCCACUCACCAAGACAUGUUUCCCUUACAGGAGAUUCUUCCGGGAGAUGCGGGGAAAUGCCCUGGACAAAAAAUCUAACUAUGAACUAUUAGAGUAA